AUGCAGUGCCCGCACAUCAUGAGGACGGUUCGCAGCGACGCGGGCUUGAGCGUCGCGGUCUCCGCGUCGGCGGCGGCGAGAGCGGCGGCGCCUUCGGCCGUCUCCGACGAUUUGACAUUCUUCGGUCGGCCGCGUUUUUUCUUCGCGGGAGGCUCCGCCUCCUCCGCCUCCGGCGCCGGCGUCUUCUUCGUCUUCUUCGUCUUCUUCGUCUUCUCGCUCGCCGCCUCCGCCGCCGCCGCCUCCGCUGCCGCCGCCGUCGUCGCCGCCGUCGUCGUCGUCGUCGUCGUCGCGGUCGUCCCCCCCCCGCUUCGCCCGUCGUCCUCGAAGUCCGGAUCCUCCGGCUCGCUCGGAUCCCGCGCCCACGCGAUGGAUCGCUGCGGGUACCCUGUCGACGCGAUUCGAAUCGUCGGCUCCAUCGGCGUCGCGUCUGAAGCGAUCGGUCAGUCGAACGUCUUACCGGUCAAACGUUGA